GGAACAUGUCCGCAGCGUGGUGGAAGGAUGGGGGGGUGGAGGGUAAAACCUAAAACCGGCCCCUCCGUCAGGAAAUCCGGAUAGUCGCUCACAGACUGAAACACGGAACCUGCAGCAUCUCGUCAUCAUGCUCUCCAUGUCCGAGUUUGUCUCUGGUGACAGCUAUGAGGAAUGUCGGGCCACGGCGGACUGGCUGAUGUCCAACACUCAGGUCCGACCCACUGUGGGAAUCGUGUGCGGUUCAGGGAUGGGAGGACUCGCCGAGACGCUCAAGGAGCCGCAGGUCUUCAAGUACAGUGACAUUCCCAACUUCCCCCGGAGCACAGUGCACGGUCAUGCUGGCCGCCUGGUGUUUGGAACGCUAAAAGGGAAGCCGUGUGUUUGCAUGCAGGGCAGAUUCCACCUGUACGAGGGUUACCCUGUCCAGAAGAUCACGCUGCCCAUGCGAGUCUUCAAGCUGAUGGGCGUUGAGACGAUGAUCCUGACCAACGCAGCCGGAAGCCUCAACCAGGACUACAAAGUCGGAGACGUCAUGAUCAUCAAGGACCACAUCAACAUGCCGGGAUUCGCUGGAAUCAACCCGCUGGCUGGACCCAACGAUGACAGGUUCGGCGUCCGCUUCCCCUGCAUGUCCGACGCCUACGACCGCAAGCUCCGGCAGAUGGCACAUGAUGUGGCAUUGGAGCUGGGCUUCAGUGACUUCCUGCAGGAGGGAGUUUACUGCGUGCUCGGAGGUCCGUCCUUCGAAACCAUCGCCGAGUGUCGCAUGCUGCACCGGCUGGGCGCUGAUGCUGUCGGUAUGAGUACGGUACAUGAAGUAAUCGUCGCCCGCCACGCCGGGAUGCGCUGCUUCGCCAUGUCUCUGAUCAGCAACCAGUCAGUGAUGGACUAUGACAGCGAGGAGAAGGCCAACCACGAGGAGGUCCUGGAGACGGGCCAGCAGAGGGCCGAACAGCUGCAGAAGCUGGUGUCCACCAUGGUGGCUCGGCUGGAGCACAACAACAACAACUCCUUCUGAAGAUGCUUUCCCAUUCCUUCUGCUGCAGCUGAUCCUGGGUCAGCUGUCCUGCUCUAUAUUUUUAACACGUUUGUUAGAAUGCUAAAAGAAAAGGUAUAGAAUCUUAAACUUCCAGGCUGGGGUUCCUACUCAAUGAAGUAGUUUCUUAGCAAAAUAGUUUUUAAAAAGUUCCUCCAAACUGUUACAUUAAGUCUUUUCCUUCUGGAAAUUGGUCCACUUUUCUACACAUUCCUCUAUCAGCUCCGUUUACAUUCUCUUUGAGUUGUACACAUAAAUUAUGCCAUGUUAAAGCAUGUGUACUGUACUGUGUCCAACUGACUUGUGUUUCAGUGAAACAGCAUUUUAUUGUAAAGUUAAAUUAUCUGAAUAUUUAUUGUUUUAGUUCUCUCACAUUCCCUCGAUAUCUAAUAAAGAUGAAUACAGUUUUACUAAACAGGACCGACUCACCGUUCAUACGCUCAUGAAAUAGUGACCAAGUUGGAAAUCAUUUGUUGUAGAAUCAAAGAAUUUUUAAAAUAUUCGAAGAUAUUUAUACUAAAUUUAUUUAAGUAGCGUUUGUAUUUGUCUUUUUUAAUAUAGUAAGUGCUGGAUUAUCUUAAAGGGAUGAUGCGACCAAACAUGUAGAUAUGCCAUGUCUUAUCACUGUGUUAACCAACAGAAUGGGUGUCUGUGCUUUUAGAGAUACUUUACUAAAAACUGUACAAACAGGGAUUGAUUUUUUUAUAAUAAAUGACUCAAAUUGAAAAUAAAA